GGAAGAAGAUGACGUGGAGAGACACGGAGUUUUGACGCAGAGGUCUGAAUGGUCAACUUUUUCUUAAUCGCCAAGCGAAUUAUCUAAAAACCCAAUUCUGUCCUUCUUCCAAAACCUUCCACACCUGACUAAUUCCCAAAUAUACAUAUUACAGUCCCCACUAAUUGUUAUCAAUCUAAAAGCCAACUGCUGUUCUUCCAAGUACCCAAUUUUCAUUGCUUACUUUGAACUAUGGCCGAGAUGGUUAAUGGUGAUUAUCAUGAUUUUGUCUCUCUUCUUUCGUCUUCUGACAGGGAUUACCUCAUACGAAACAAUGGUGAUCAGGUAGAGAUUGACAGCUUGAAGGGGAAGAAGCUUGGGUUAUACUUUUCAGCAUCAUGGUGUGGCCCGUGUCAGCGUUUUACUCCGACAUUAGUGGAGGUUUACAAUGAACUUGCUCCAAAAGGUGACUUCGAGAUUGUUUUUAUAACAGCCGACGAAGAUGAUGAAUCUUUCGAAGAGUAUUUUUCGAAGAUGCCAUGGCUGGCAAUCCCUUUUUCUGAUUCAGAUAAGCGUGAUCGCUUGGAUGAGAUUUUUAAAGUCCAGGGGAUACCCCAUUUUGUGAUCCUUGAUGAAAACGGGAAAGUUUCGAGUGAAAGUGGUGUUGAGAUCAUUCAGGAGUACGGAGUCCAAUGUUAUCCUUUUACUGCUGAAAGGAUCAAAGUAUUAAAAGGUCAAGAAGAAGAAGCUAGAAGAAAUCAAUCUUUGAGGUCUAUCUUGGUCUUUGGUUCUCGUGACUAUGUAAUUGCAUCUGAUGGGAAGAAGGUAUCGGUUUCUGAACUUGAAGGGAAAACAGUAGGACUCUACUUCUCUUUAUCUUCGUACACAUCUUGUGUUGAUUUCACUUCUACACUUGCUGAAGUUUAUGAGAAAUUGAAGGCAAAGGGAGAGAACUUUGAGAUUGUCUUUAUAUCACUUGAUGAUGAAGAAGAAACUUUCCAGCAAUCCUUAGCAAACAUGCCUUGGUUAGCCUUUCCUUUCAAUGACAAGGGUUGUGAGAAGUUGGUCCGGUACUUUGAGCUCUCAACUGUGCCCACUCUGGUUGUUAUCGGACCAGAUGGAAAAACUCUCCAUUCUAAUGUUGCUGAAGCGAUUGAAGAACAUGGAGUCCAAGCAUAUCCUUUCACCCCUGAAAAGUUUGCGGAGCUUGCAGAGAUGGAGAAAGCAAGAGAAGCAGCUCAAACUCUGGAAUCUGUUUUGGUAUCAGGGGACCAGAAUUUUGUCAUUGGGAGAGAUGGAGCCAAGAUUCCAGUCACUGAUCUAGUUGGGAAGAACAUCCUGCUAUAUUUUUCUGCACAUUGGUGUCCUCCAUGUCGUGCCUUUCUGCCUAAACUAGUCGAAGCAUACCAUGAGAUCAAGACUAAGGAUGAUGCAUUUGAAGUGAUUUUCAUCUCUAGUGACAGGGACCAAGCUUCUUUUGAUGAAUUCUUUUCAGGAAUGCCAUGGUUGGCACUUCCCUUUGGAGAUGUGAGGAAAGCAUCAUUGAGUCGCAAAUUCAAGGUCCAGGGUAUACCUAUGCUCAUAGCUCUUGGACCAACUGGCCGAACUAUCACCAAAGAAGCUAGAAGUCUUGUUACACUUCAUGGUGCUGAUGCUUAUCCGUUCACGGAGGAGCAUUUGAAGGAGAUAGAAGCAAAAUAUGAGGACAUGGCAAAGGGGUGGCCUGAGAAGGUGAAUCAUGCACUUCACGAGGAGCAUGAGCUAGUGCUUUCUCGUCGAAUGAACUUUAUAUGUGAUGGGUGUAAUGAAGGAGGAAAUAUAUGGUCAUUCCACUGUGAAGAGUGUGACUUUGAUCUUCAUCCAAAAUGUGCUUUGAAAGAAGGCAAAGAAACCAGAGAUGGUGGAAAGGAGGACGAAAAUGGUGAAGCAGUUUCUAAAGAGGGAUGGAUUUGUGAUGGGGAGGUCUGUUAUAAAGUUCAUGGUUUGAAAUUCUUUGAUCAGCCUCUGUUCUCAACCUGCCACUCAAUUAUUCUAUAUCUGCUUAAACAAAGAAAAACAAGAGAGUUGCAGAGAAGAAGGAAGAAAAUGGCUGAUGACCCUGUUAUUGAUGUUUCCCAUGAUCUCUUGUCACUCCUCUCCUCAGAUGACAGGGAUUUUCUGAUCCGCAGCAACGGUGAUCAGGUUAAGAUCAGCAACUUGGUUGGAAAGAUUGUGGGAUUAUAUUUCUCAGGAUCAUGGUGUGGGCCAUGUCGACAUUUCACCCCAAACUUGGUGCAAGUCUACGAAGAGCUCUCACUGAAAGGCGACUUUGAAGUAGUCUUCAUUUCCUCUGAUAGAGAUGCUGAGUCUUUCGAUGCUUACUUCUCCAAGAUGCCAUGGCUUGCUAUUCCAUUUUCUGAUCAGGAAACCUGCAAACACCUCAAGGACUUGUUUAAAGUGAGAGGAAUUCCUAACCUUGUGUUUCUUGAUGCUGAUGGGAAGGUCUCUUGUGAUCAAGGUGUGAGAUUCAUCAGGGAGUAUGGAGCAGAGGGGUAUCCUUUUACUCCAGAAAGAGUCGAGUACUUUAGACAGGAAGAAGAGAAUGCUAAGAAGAAUCAAACCUUGAGCUCUAUCUUGGUUUCAAGCUCGCGCGAUUUUCUGAUUUCAAAAGAUGGAACUAAGAUCCCCGUGUCUGAGCUUGAAGGGAAAAUGGUAGGUUUAUAUUUCUCGGUGCAUUCUCACAGGUUGUGCCUUGAUUUUACUCCCAGACUUGAGGAGGUGUAUAAAAAGCUCAAGGAAAAAGGGGAGAAGUUUGAGGUAGUGCUGAUAUCUAUGGAUUAUGAUGAGAAUAACUUCAAACAAGGUCUUGAAACAAUGCCUUGGUUAGCGUUGCCAUUUGAGGACAAGAGCCGUGAGAGAUUAGCACGCUACUUUGAGCUCAGUGCAUUGCCUACUCUGGUCAUAAUUGGGGAAGAUGGGAAGACUUUGAAUAAAAAUGUAGCUGAACUUAUUGAAGGUCAUGGUAUUCAAGCCUACCCAUUUACACCAGAGAAGCUUGUUGAGCUUGCUGAGAUCGAGAAGGCAAGACUUGAAGCACAGACACUGGAGUCUGUGUUGGUUCAUGGGGAUAAAGAUUUCGUAAUCGAAGAGAGCGGUUCCAAGGUUCCAGUGUCCGAAUUAGUCGGAAAGAACAUUCUCCUGUAUUUCUCAGCUAAAUGGUGCCCACCCUGUCGUGCAUUUUUACCCAAGCUGAUCGAAGCAUACCAUGAGAUCAAGGCCAAAGACAAUGCAUUUGAGAUAAUCUUCAUCUCAAGUGAUCGCGACCAAUCCUCAUUCGACGAAUUCUACACGGAAAUGCCUUGGCUAGCACUUCCAUUCGGUGAUGACAGGAAAACAAUCCUGCAACGGAAGUUCAAAAUAAAGGGCAUCCCUGCAGCAAUAGCAAUCAGUCCAACUGGCAAGACACUAACCAAAGAAGCUAGAGAACACAUAACAGCUUACGGUGCGGAUGCUUAUCCAUUCAAUGAAGAUCAUCUGAAACAGCUAAACGAUAAACAGGAAGAAAUAGCAAAGGGGUGGCCUGAGAAAGUGAGGCACGAACUUCAUCCGGAACACGAGCUUGUACGCAUGAAACGAAAUGGAUAUGGCUGUGAUGGAUGCAAGGAGGCGGGGAGUGGUUGGUCCUUCUAUUGCAAGAAAUGUGACUUUGAUCUCCACCCGAAGUGUGCUUUAAAGAAAGAGGAAAAUGGCGAAAAGGUCAAGAAGUGAGAGAUCUGCGAUGGAGAUGUGUCGUAAAGCUUAAAACUUGAGCAUGGAUUUGCUCUAUAAUAUAUGUUUAUAUCUGCUUUAUUUGCUUGCAAUUUACUUCUGUAAAGCGUUUAGACACGAAUACUCCUGUGUGUGGUGUGAUUUUUAUUUUUUCUUUUUCUUCUGAUUGUCUAAUUAAUACGCAAAUAAAAAAAGAAAGAAAGGACGAUCAUUAGUAGUGAUUUUUAUUUGACCUGAUUA